GUCUACCCUUGCCUCCUGCGUGCUGAUUUGUUUCGCCGUGCGUCGUUGUGUGCCUGUCUGCCUGCGUGGCACGCCCAGCGGGUGAAUGACCAACCCAGAAAACAUACAAGCCCAAGUACUACCUUGGACAACGGGCACAUGCCUGGGCGAAACAGAUCGGCUUCCGCCUCCUCGUCCAUUUCAAUGAGCAAAAGACUGAUGAACAGUGUACCGAACAGCAAACAAUCGAAGGACUUGAACCACGCGUACGAUCACGAUUCGGAGGAAGGCACCAUUAUCGAAACGGUUACUUGGUUCAAAUAACAGAAUACCAAAAACAUGGGGCUAGAUCAAGGAGGAUGCCCAGUCGACGGGCACCAGAGGCGACACACAUCGUCCGUCAGUGCGGCGGACGCGGACGCGGCGAGAAAAGAUACGGAACCACAGAGGACUGGGUCGAUACACGAAGGAAUAGUGCCCAUGGAGGGCAUCGAAACAGACACGUCCGGUGUGAACUCGCCUCGAGCCGACUCGGAAGACAUGGCAACCCAGUCCAUGUCCUCUUCCGGCAACACGACGACCGUGUCCACACCAGUCGCCCAGUCGAGCAGUCUCAGCUCUUCGCCGAGCGAAACCAAAUCCAGACGAUCUGAACUGUCUCACGCAGCACGAGCGGAACGCACAUCCACAAGGCCCUCCAAGGCCGCGACACAGUCUGCGGGCAGCAGGAGGACGAAUAGUGCAAGGGCUAACGCUGGCAGCUCAAGCGUCGGCAGCGACCUCACGAUCGGGCCACCCAUCACCAAAGCCACCCUGUCGGAUCUCGACGUGGUGCGCAUUGUGCAAAACUCAAAACUGCGCCAUGACAUCAACUUUGACCCUGACUUGCACUUUCGACCCAACGUCCUGGGCGACAAGGGAAAGACGAAGCAAGAGCGCUCGCAGGCCUUUUGGAGGACACUGACAGAGCAGCUGGGCAUGUUCGUCGACGAGACCAGGCGGCCCGAGUUCAUCAACCGCUACGCACACAGCGAUGAGUGGUGUCUGCCUGUGCUCCUGCGGACCAUCAAGGAUAUUGUCGAGACGCUCGUGCCAAAGCGAGACCGCGAUCUGAUGGACGAGGCGUUCAAUGUGGAACUGCUGAUGCAGCAAUUCUACAAGGGUGUGCUCGACCUAGAGAGGUUGGCCGAGUGGCUGGCUGGUGUGCUCAAGACUCACUGUGCCCCUAUGCGUGACGAUGAGGUCAACAACAUGGUCGCACGCUUCCGCGUCGGCAGCCGCGAGGGCAACCUGGAGCAACUGGUCAUGGGCAUGCGCGAGCUUCUGAGCGUGCUCGAGCACAUGAAGCUCGACGUGGCCAACCACCAGAUCCGCUGCCUCCGCCCGGCGCUCAUCCAGGAGACGAUCCACUACGAGCAGCGCAACUUUAGCAAGAAGAUUGCCACCCGCCGGCUCGACAUUGCGCGCUCAAGGCUGUGGUACCGCCGCGCACAGCGACAAUACGCCCAGGAGCCUGCGGAGGGCUUUGGCGACAUGUCUGUCUUCUUCCGUGCCGUCGCGCGCCUCGUGCGACCUUCUCGCGCACGAGGGGAGGACGCCAUCCUGCCCGAGACUUUUAUCCACGACAACGACCGACUACUGCGCAUGCGCAGCGACGUGCUCGACGCCGUGAACAUUGACGUCUGCAUGCGGCUCUACGAGAACCUCGUCGGGGUGGCCAAGGCCGCUGCGUAUUUCCCCACGGACAUGGACAACAACCGGUCCAGCGUGUCGUCCGUCAACUCCACGGGCAGCACGGACAGCAACGGCUUCUCGCAUCUUCCCUUCCACAAUUCAGGAUCUCGUCCGAGCAGCAUGGCCCUGAGCAGCGAUGGGCAGUCCCCACGCUCAUCCCUCGGCGCCUUCACACCCGCCUCGACGCCUCCCCAAAUGUCCUUUGUCAACGAGCGCGAAGCCAAGAUGAAGGCAGACAACCUCUACUCGUCGCUGGUGGCCAUCCUCCAGUCGACAUCCACCAACAUGGAUCAAGCCAAGCGCUGGGCGGAGGCGGCCCCCCCCAUGGCCGUCGAGAUCUUCCGCUUCGCCGAGGCCCCCUCCUACAUGCUCGCCAUGGUCGAGUCGAAGCUCGGCGAAGUCCUCUCCAACCCCCACGAUGAUCUCUUCCUGGACGUGGAAGCCGAGUACCACCGUCGUUUGCUGGAGGACCUCAGCAACCGCGUUCGGGAGUACAAGGGCCUGAACGGAAUGAGCCUCUACACGGCCGCCUCGGAGAAGAGGAUCCCCCCCGGCAGCAACAUGCCCCGCGACUUUUACGAGUGCUUGCGCGACGGCGCGGAGAUUGGCGUCAGCGACCUGGCCAUGCGUCUGGCCCACGUCGGCAUUCUGCACUGGAGGGUCUGGGCGGACCUGGCGUACCUCAGCGAUUAGUCUCUCGAAGGGCCAGCAGACACGGCUCGCAUAGCCAGCCAGCCCAGCCCAGCCACCUUUCCUCACCUUCCCACCUUUCCUUAUUUCGAUACCCAGAUCUUGCUUAUUGGGGGUAACAUCCGCGAGGGUCCCAAGACCACUCGCUUCGGUCCAAAACUGCAUCCGUCCGAAAACGCAUCAUUGAGCGGCGUUCAGGCAAGGGGGGCAAGAUCCGGUUGCUUCUUC